CCCUAAUAACAAACCAAAAACCGCCGUCAGUUCCAAUCAUCAGCGAACCAGAAACUUGACUGCGACGAGGAUGGCGAUAGAGAUGCCGAGAGGUUUACCAUUCUCCGUCGACACUUUCACGACGACGAAGAAGAGGAUAAAGAGACAUCAUUUCUUGACUCACGCUCACAAAGACCACACCGUCGGGAUUUCACAUCACAGCGCCGUCGUCUUCCCGAUCUACUCCACUUCCCUCACCAUCUCUCUUCUUCUUCAACGUCAUCCUCACCUUGACGAGUCUUUCUUCCUGAGGAUUGAGAUUGGUCAAACCGUAAUCGUCGAUGAUCCUGAUGGUUGUUUCAACGUUACUGCUUUUGAUGCCAAUCAUUGUCCUGGAGCGGUCAUGUUCUUGUUUGAAGGGAGUUUCGGCAACAUUCUUCACACUGGUGAUUGUAGGCUUACAAUAGACUGCAUACAUAACCUUCCCGAGAAGUAUUUAGGAAGACAAGGCAACGCACCAAAAUGCUGUCUCGAUUACAUCUUCUUGGACUGCACAUUCGGGAAAUCCCCUCAGAGGUUUCCGACCAAGCAUUCAGCUAUCAGACAGAUCAUUAAUUGCAUAUGGAACCACCCUGAUGCAUCGGUUGUGUAUCUUGCUUGUGACAUGUUGGGCCAAGAGGAUAUCCUCUCACAAGUUUCAACAACCUUUGGCUCCAAGAUCUAUGUCGACAAAGCUACAAACUUGGAAUGUUUCAGGUUGCUAAUGGUUAUAGCUCCUGAGAUUGUCUCUGAAGAUCCUUCUUCACGGUUUCACAUAUUCACUGGGUUCCCUAGACUCUACGAAAGAGCAUCCGCGAAACUUGCUGAGGCAAGAUCGAAACGUCAGAGUGAGCCUCUUAUCAUCCGCCCUUCAGCUCAGUGGUACGUUUGUGAUGAUGAUGAUGAUGAUGAUGAAGAUGGUUUCUUGAGUGCGAGCCAAGCUCAAAAGCAGAGGAAAGUUAGGUUUAGUGAAGCUGUCAAGGAUGAGUUUGGUGUUUGGCAUGUGUGUUACUCGAUGCAUUCGUCGCGGGAAGAGCUGGAAUCAGCGAUGAAAGUUCUGUCUCCGAGAUGGGUUGUGUCAACUGUUCCUUCUUGUAGAGCAAUGGAACUGGACUACGUUAAGAAAAACUGCUUUGUUAGUCGGUUUUCGUCCGAUGAUCCUUUCUGGAAGCUUCUAGACAUCGACAUGGAAGUUUCUUCUGUUGCUGCAACUGAUACUCAGACAGUAACUCUCAGUUGCUGUCUCAUGAGUGAUGUGGAUUCUGCUGAUACCAAGAUGGAACCAGUGAUUGAAUCCUCUACCGUAAAGAAGCAGCUUCUGAUUUUAUCCCCUGAGAGAAAUAACCUUCCUGUAACUCUGUUUGGGAGAGCAAGGCUAAGUUCUCAGGUCUCUGAUCAACUACAUGAGAGAAAAGUUAUACAGAGUACAUGUGUAGAAGAGUUAAAUCUUGAGGAAGUAGCUGAAUAUGAUACCAAACAAGAAACAAUUGAGGAGGUAUCUUGUAGGAGCUUUUCUUCUUUUUCUUCGAAGGACACUUGCAGAGAUCUUAGUGGUGAUUUGAGAAAGCUAUACAGAUCAAUGAAUGCACCUGUGCCUCGGCCGCUACCUUCCCUGAUGGAGCUUAUGAACGCUAGAAAACGUCAUCGAAAAACUUGAAUUUCUAGGAUGGAUGGCAAAUGUGUUUUAAAUUGAUGGGCUUCAAAUAGGGCAUGUAAUGAACAAAAUGUGAUGAUUCAUAUAUGUACGUGUGCAUAAUACAAAUAUGUGUGGUUAACCAAAAGCAAAAGACUAUGCGCUGAUGUUCUAACAUUUUGUGUCCAAUUAUUUAUCUUUGUCCAUCCUAAUCUUUUGGGUGGUUAUUGAAAUAGUAAAUAUGAGUGUAUGUUUGAUCGU